AGUGAGAAUGAGCGAAUGAAGACCGGUGAGCGAGAGGUGGACGUACGGAGCCUUAUCCUCCGCAAAUGGGGCGGGCUGUUCAUCAUGAGGCUGCUGCUGCUGCUGUUGAAGGGCUAAAGGCUGGUCCAUGAGGAUGAAGACCGAGCACGGUAAUCAAGUGAGCCGGCGAUAGAGGAUAGAAACCGUGCGUUGGCUGUGGGGAGAAUUUGCGCUUUGCACGUUGAAAAUCAACGUCGAGGAAGAGAGCGGAGGCGGUGCAGACGACGAGAAGGGAUUAUAUGCGGUUGCGGGAGGGAAAGAGAUGAGGGGGGAAGAGAGGGGAGGCGGAUGAUGGGAGGGCAGAAAGGACGCGGUUGUAUACAAAGAGGAAGGGGAUAUCCGGACGCCGGCCGGCUAUUAGCAUAGGCUACUCUCCGGGCAACGCGGCCGAAUGAGGCAGCAAGGCCGGCUACUUCGCCUCCGUCGAUGGCGACGCUCGCUUCUCUUCCGCCUCAUGCCACCCGCGACUCCCACCUGACAUAUAUCGCCGAUCUCAGCCACUGCUCGCGUCCCCUCCACGCUCCUCUCGACGCCUACCGACACAUCCCCCGUCACACCGCCUGCACAUCCGCGACCUCCACGAUGUCCCUAUGCGGUCCAAUGGGAGCCCUCACCGAUGGGGGCCCCUGGGCACCGCUCUCACGUGCCCUUCCCGGCGACCUUGGCAGUGCGGGGAUUGGCUGGCGAAGGGCAGCUUGGCUGCGGCGACCCCGGAGUCGGGAAGCAUUCAGGAGCCCGGCUGCAUCCGGCAGAUUGGCGUCCGCCGUCCGGACUUCAAAACCAACCGCAUCCUAUCAAACCUUACGCGUGUUUUCCCACGGUUUGCGCGGGCGAACAACUGCCGGCGGCUCCCGGUGUCUUCCCUGCGGUCGCCGGCCUGAGUGCAGGGCGCGCAAUGUCGUGCGACACACAUCCAUAUAUCGCAGCCGCGCUGACGUUGACGCAGGUGGGAUUUGCAGCGCACUGACAACCCGUCGUACCCGCAUUUGGCAUGGCCCCAGACAGACCGAUCCGGUAUAAUUGCAGUGACGCUAGCCAAUAUGGGCGGAUCCGGCCUGGCC